GUCAUUAUUGGUGGAGAGCAUCCGGUGGAGGCAGGGGGAAAAAAAAGGAAUCAAAAGCCGCAUAACAAUAUCAGAGCCUGAGUGGAGCAUCAUCGGCGCUGACGUUCCAGUUUUAUCCCCUCAGCGUCCGCUUCCAGCAGCCGGGCUGUAAGCCGCUGUUCAGACAGACAGGCAGGCAGGCAGCAGCGGAGGAGCGGCGGUGGAGAGGCUCUCCUUUGUGAUUUCAAGUGGGGACGCAGCAGCUUCUAUUCCUUUUCUUUUUUUAACCUCUCCGAGGAUUGUUUUUUUUUAUCUCUCUCUCUCUCUUCAAGUCCUUGGAGCAAGUAGGAACUCUGCUUGUGAGCUCAAGUAAACGGUAGGAUUAGUCUCUGAAGGGGUGUUGUGCCACUGCCAUGACCCUCCUGCGGUUCUCCGGACUCGCCCUGAUCAUCUCAGCCCUCAUCCCUCUUCGGUCCCUGGGUUGCCCCUAUGGAUGUCGCUGCUACAGCCUUACAGUGGAGUGCGGAUCGCUGGGGAUCAAGGAAAUCCCGCAGGGUGCUCCCUCCAUCACGGAGACGAUCUUCCUCCAGGACAACGCCAUAGUGCAGAUUCGUCUUCAGGAUCUGAAUCGCCUGAGAAGCCUCCAUUAUUUGUACCUCCAGAACAACAGCAUCUCAGCACUGGAACCUGGGGCCUUUCUCAACCAGGGCCAGCUGCUGGAGUUGGCUCUCAAUGGAAACCUCAUCCACCUGGUCACCCCUGACAUGUUCCGGGGUCUGGAGCACCUCCGUAUCCUCUACCUUGCCGGCAACCAGAUCACUCGCGUCCAAGACCACACCUUCAGGGGAUUGCAGCGCCUGCAGGAACUGCACCUGCAGGAGAACAGCAUAGAGUUGCUGGCCGAGCACGCUCUGUCUGGCUUAUCGUCUCUAGCUCUGCUGGACCUCAGCAGGAAUCAUCUCCGCACUUUGGGAGCCUCGUCCCUCAAACCCCUCGUCAGCCUGCAAGUACUCCGAAUCACAGAGAACCCGUGGCGAUGUGAUUGCGCUCUCGGGUGGCUAAGAACAUGGAUUGGCGAAGAUGGACAGCGUUUGCUAAGUUCGGCAGAGCAGCGUCGCUUGAUGUGUGCAGAACCCCCUCGUCUUUCCCACCUCAGCCUGGCAGAGGUUGCUCCGAACAGUCUGGUGUGUAUUCCGCCUGUGGUACAGCUGGAGCCCAACCACCUGACUGUGCGACUCGGCGAGAGCCUCAGAGUGUCCUGCCAGGCCUCUGGAUACCCACAGCCUCAGGUGACGUGGAAAAAAGCUUCCCAUGGCAAGGCCCAGUUAUCACCUCGAGGUCUUUUUCAAGAGCUGGGACCCAACGGGGAGUUAUUCCGGCCAGGGCCGGGCGGAGUGGUGACUGCCCUACCUAGCACCGGGGGGAUCAAGGUGGGAGGCGCCGAAGGAAUUCAGGGACUUGUGCGAGGGGCCGAAGAAGGCGGUGAAAGAGACAGCUUUGAUCCGGACAUGGGCAGCGGCAUGCUGUUCCUCAGUAAUGUGACUGUAGCACAUGCCGGACGCUAUGAAUGUGAGGCCUGGAACCCGGGUGGAGUGGCGAGGGUUACAUUUCACCUGGCUGUCAACAUGUCUUCUUCCUCGUACUCAUCCCAGCUCUGGCCUCGUUUGAACACGCACUCCUACAUUUCGUCGUCGUCCAGCUCCUUCUAUCAGCCAGAAGUUCUGGAUGUUAGCCAGGAGCCCCUGUACGAGCAGGACAGCAUGGACUUCAGCGCUCUGGGUCCAGCCACACAGACCGCCAUCGCUAUUGGGAUCUCCCUGCUGGCUCUCACUGCGGUUCUUCUCCUGAUUAUGAUUUACACUCGUCACCAGCAGUAUCAAAAAGAGGACAAUGGCUCCUACUGCACCAGCAAAGAGGAGAGCAUCCUUUACGUGAAUGACUACUCUGACGGACCCACAACCUUUGCUCAACUGGAAGAGUACCGCGAUGAUCACGGCCAUGAGAUGUAUGUCCUCAACCGAACCAAGCCCGUCAUGGGCGCCGCUUCAUCCAGGUGUCCUAUGAUGAGCGGCUUUGUCCAGCAGAAGGGAAUGAAAGAAGCUCUCCUGGAACACGAAAUGGUCCAGACACUGACUAGAUCGGGGGGACUGGGGUUUCGCAGAAACACGACUGAAGGUGGCGAAGGCCCGCUAACGGCAGAUCCAGAAGAACUGCUUCUCAGCCAGAGCCUUCUGUUUGGAUCUCAGGUUGCCUAUGAGAUCCAUUGCUGAAGCGUCUUUAAUGGGUGAAAGUAAAUGUCAAAGGACUUAAAGACAUUACCAGUCAUCUUGUAAGAAAUUAAAGCAUCAGAUCGUUAUCUGGCCUUCGACAAAGAAGAGACACUCAGAUAGUGAUUGCAGAGGGAGAACUCGAUUGCUUCCAGCUUUCCAAAUACCCACUUCUAAUUGAUUGUGUGACAAAAAGACGUGUUUGAGGACUGGACAGAGGGAAUUACAGAGAAAAUAACAACUGACCAAUGGUUUCAGUCUCCAAAUAAACCCUUUAAGGAUAAUUACAAGUGGCUGACUUCACCAGAAGUCUAUAUUGCAGUUAAAUUAACCCCCCCACCCCCAAACUGUGCAGUGUAUGGUUGUAACAAGUGUCAGUGGUUGGUAAUGAAUAUUUUCUAUAAAUGUUUUUUUCUUUGUUUUAUUUUAAAUGUUUUGUCUCCAGGUAUGUUGAAGUUAAUUUCGUGUGAAGUAGAGCUGUUUUGUGAACCCUGUCACAAAUUUCAUUAGAAUUAGAUCAACAACAAUCGUCUAAUGGAAGAUUCAUCAUCACUAUGUGGCCAGAGCGGAUUCAAAGGGUCCAACAAAUGUUGCAAAAGUCAGAGUUCUCAACGUUUGCAUCACUUCACCGUAGACCUUUAUCUUUUGAACGUGUUUUGUGUUUUCUUCAUUUAUGCCAUUAACCCCAAAACAGGAGGUUUGAUCUGGAAUAUUAUUUGGAGGUCCUUGGGAGUAAAACACAAAACAUGACACAACAAAACCAUAGACAAUAUUUUAUACAAAAAACGCAACAACACAGGAAUAAAAGCCUCUUGCAACAAAACAAUUCAUAGGAACCAUGGGUUAACUUGCACAUCCAUUUUGGGGCAAACUGAUGACUUCAAGUAGUUUCCCUG